UUUGCACCUCCUAAGUGUAAAUUGCUGACCAGUUCUACAGAUGGUAGCUACUUAAACCGGACAAAUUAGACAGCCAUCGAUGCCCGUUGUAGAUUCCCCACUACCCUUUGUGAGGAAAAGGAUGGCAAGAAGUGUUGGCAUUUUGUUAGCUAUCUUUGGCUUCCUGCUAGGCUCAGCUGCAGCAGACUGUAACAUUCUCAAGGAGAAGGGCAAAGAUGGACUUCAAAUCACCUUGAAGAACUACUGUGAGGCUUGGAGGAUGAAUGUUGAGCUCCAUAACAUCAGGGAUUUUGAUGUUGUGCCUGAUGAAUGUGUUUCAUACAUGGGCAAAUACAUGACAUCAACUCAAUACAAGGUGGAUUCUGAGAGGACUAUUCAUGAAUCCAUUGUCUAUCUCAGCACCAGCUGCAAUCUCAAGAAAGAUGGCACAGAUGCUUGGAUCUUUGACAUUGAUGAUACUCUUUUGUCCACUGUCCCUUACUACAAGAGAAAUGGUUUUGGGGGAAAGAAGUUGAACUUGACCUCUUUGGAAGAGUGGAUGAGCAAGGGCAAAGCACCAGCCCUUCAGCACUCUCUGAAGCUUUUCAAUGAGCUUAAAUCACGAGGAGUCCGGAUCAUUUUGGUUUCUUCAAGGGUGGAGCAUCUCAGAUCUGCCACAGUCGACAACCUUGUCAAUGAGGGCUUCUUUGGCUGGAGUAGUCUCUUAUUAAGGGGAGCUGAUGAUGCAUGCAAGGACAUCCAGGGAUUCAAAUCUGAUGCAAGGAAACAAUUGAUCAGCAAGGGAUAUCGCAUUUGGGGCAUUCUUGGCGACCAAUGGAGCAGCAUUGAGGGGCUUCCAAGUGCAAAUAGAACAUUUAAACUUCCAAAUCCUUUGUAUUAUAGUGCCUAAAAAUCGCAACAGUCCUCCUACAUACUCAAGAAGAGUCAUCUUUUCUGCUUAAUAUUUACAGUCCUAGUUGCAUUUAAUAUUUUCCUAACAAUCAAGCUUGUCGUGUCCUAGCAUAUUUUGUCAUCCCCGGUUAUAGAAUAAAUUUCUGCUCCUAGCAUAUUUUGUCUUGGAUGCCAUA